AUGUUCGUCGCAUUUUCGCACGGUACAAAAAACAUUACGGGGCGUGUCCACACUACCCCUGGGCCAUUUCUCGAGGCCACGAGGCACUUAGCGUCGCCCACGCGUGCUUUCAAGGUGCUUGGAGACACCAAAUGUGACCCAAUGAUGCUGCAGUCUAUAAGCGUGUAUUGUGCGGCUUCGUGCGAUCACGUAAUCAGCACUGUCCGCUACGGGCAUAUCGCUCCCAAGACGCACAGCGGCAAAGUGGUCACCAUCUUCUACGCGAUUCUGGGCAUCCCGCUGAUGCUGCUCUGUCUCUCCAAUAUCGGCGACGUGAUGGCUUCUUCCUUCCGGUUCCUGUACUGGCGCCUCUGUUGCUACGUGUGUACGCGUCCGCCCAAGGAACGCGUUCGCCGUUCGAGACGGAACGCUCGCAGCUCCUUCCGCCGCCGCGUCGCCACGCGGGGCCCCCUACUGCCUGUGGAGCGCUCGCAUUCAGACACCGACUGCAGGUACCGAGAUAGCGGCUACGCCAGUACGCGGCAAUCUCGCGCGCUGGCCGCUCCGCGCGCUCGCACGCAGCCCCCUCGCUACGUCCGCCCUCAAUAUGAUUACGGGACGACAUGGGAGCGGGAGCGGGAACGGGAAGGCGAUCUCUCGGGCCCCGAUUUCGGACACGACAGACGACCGCGAAAGGAGAGCGAUGGAUUCCCAAAGAUUUCGCUCCCUCUGCGAGACUUACGAGCGGCUUUGCUGGAGUUAGACAACUAUCAGCGAUCAGUGUGUGAAGCGGAACCGCGCAGUAAGUCGGUGCCGCGAGGGGCGCGAGGCGGUCGCGGGCGAGCUCGGGAGCGGGGCUUCGAAAUGCACGAUUUACGCGACGUCGACUACGAGAACUACCGAGAGCGGCGCGCGCUCGAGGAAGACGGGGCCCGUCCGGCUAGGGCGGAGAGUGAACUCCGCAGCGUGGCCGGCGACCGUGGCAGAUAUGACCGCGAAAGAUCGGAGUACCGCGAACGGGACGAUGAAGAGUACCCGAGUGAGCGCCGCCGCGGUGGACGAGCUCGCAGCGCCUUCUUUGAGUACGACCGUCGCCGGGCCAGAAGUCCCUCCCGAUGCGAGGACGAGGAGCGCGGGCGCAGGCGUUUGAGGCGCUCGCGCACCGUAGACGACUCGUGUCCCCACCGAUACUACUCGCCAUCUCCGGAUAGAGACGAGUGGAGCGAUGGGGCACCGACGGUGGGGCCUCUGCGAUCUUCCGCGUGGGGAUCCCGCCAGUCCGAUUUGUACGCCACUUACACAAAGGAAGAAAUAAAGCCAGUGCCGAUCUGGCUGUGCGUGUUCCUCGUGGCCUCGUACAUCGUGGCGGGCACAUUCCUGUUCAAGCGGUGGGAGGGUUGGGCGUAUCUGGACGCCGCCUACUUCUGCUUCAUCACGCUCACCACCAUCGGCUUCGGCGAUUUCGUGCCGGCGCAAGGCCAAGGCCACGGCGCCCUCGAGGACGCCGCGCCCGUAGACGCCGUGCACUCGAUUGCGCUGUGCUCUCUUUAUCUCCUCUUCGGCAUCGCGUUGCUGGCCAUGUCCUUCAAUCUGGUGCAGGAAGAAGUGCGCGCCAACGUCGCCGCCCUGGCGACGCGCCUCGGGAUCAUCAAGCCUCGGGAAGUCGACCCGUGA